AUGGCUUUAAAGCACUUCUCAAUUCUUACGUUCUCUCUUUCCUAUCUUCUUUCUUUCUUGGUUUUGGCAUCAUUAUCCAUAGCUGAUGACCCUUCAUCCUCCAUUGUUCCACCAGCAACCAUUUGCGGGUCCACUGUUGAUCCUACUUAUUGCAAAACCGUGCUUGCUAACCAAAAUGGCAACAUCUUCGACUAUGGCCGCAUUUCUGUUAGAAAGUCAUUGUCCCAGUCCCGUAAGUUCUUGAACUUAGUGGACUCAUAUCUUCAAGGUAGCUUGUCUUUGUCUCAAUCCACAAUUGGCGCUCUUGAAGAUUGCAAAUUCCUUGCUGAACUAAAUUUAGAAUACUUAACAAACACCUAUGCCACGGCUAAUCAAGCUAGUGGUCUUCUUCCCACUUCUCAAGCUGAAGAUUUUGAAACCUAUCUCAGUGCCGUUUUGACUAAUCAACAGACAUGUUUAGAUGGCCUACAGACUACAACCUCUGAUCCAACCGUGAAGAACGACGUGUCGUCUACGCUCUCCGAUGACACCAAGCUUCACAGUGUCACUUUGGCUCUGUUCCUAAAGGGUUGGGUGCCUAAGAAGAAAAUCAUGACUUCAUGGCCACAAAAUGGGAGACAUUUGGAUUUCCAUAAUGGCCGUUUACCGUUGCAGAUGUCAAACCGAGUACGUGCUAUUUAUGAUUCCGCUAGAAAUAGACGUCAUGGGAGAAAACUGCUUCAAGCAGGCAGUGUUGUGGUAAGUGACAUUGUGGUUGUUAGUCAGGAUGGAACCGGAAACUUCACCACUAUCAAUGCCGCUAUAGCUGCUGCACCAAACAACACAGCUGCUAGUAAUGGAUACUUCUUGAUUUUUAUAACUCAAGGUGUGUAUCAAGAGUAUGUAUCCAUUGACAAAACCAAGAAGUACUUGAUGCUAGUUGGAGAUGGAAUUAAUCAGACAAUUAUCACUGGCAAUCACAGUGUUGGCGACAAUUCUACAACAUUCAACUCAGCAACAUUUGCUGUGGUUGCUCAAGGGUUCGUAGCAGUUAACAUAACAUUCAGGAACACAGCUGGACCAAGCAAGUUCCAAGCAGUUGCGGUAAGAAGUGGAGCUGAUAUGUCCACCUUCUAUAGCUGCAGCUUUGAAGGGUAUCAAGACACAUUAUAUACGCAUUCUCUGAGGCAGUUUUACAGAGAAUGUGAUAUAUAUGGCACAGUUGACUACAUAUUUGGAAAUGCUGCUGUUGUUUUCCAAAACUGCAACAUCUAUUCUCGCCUUCCCCUCAGUGGACAAUUUAACACCAUCACAGCUCAAGGUCGAACUGAUCCAAAUCAAAACACAGGCACUUCCAUACAAAACGCUACCAUUAAAGCAGCGGAUGAUUUGGCUCCGAAUAUUGGUACCGUGAGAACCUACCUUGGGAGACCAUGGAAGGAGUAUUCAAGGACAGUUUUUAUGCAAUCCUUCAUGGAUCGUUUGAUAAACCCUGCUGGUUGGAGUGAAUGGAGUGGUGAUUUUGCGUUGAGUACCUUGUACUAUGCAGAAUAUAAUAACGCUGGACCUGGUUCAAACACUACGAACCGAGUGACAUGGCCUGGUUAUCAUAUUAUCAAUGCUACUGAUGCUGCCAAUUUCACGGUUUCUAACUUCUUGAGUGGGGAUAAUUGGCUUCCUCAAACUGGUGUCCCAUACUUGAGUGGAUUAUAG